AUGAGUGACAGACUAAAUAGCAGAAAUAAUUCAAUAUUAACGACACUGCCCCCGGCGCAAUCACUACUGCCUCAUGAUUUCCAACUCAAAAUUAAACGAAUAAUAGGCACUUCUGCAGCAGACAAACAACAAAUAUCAAUACAAGACAAUCUAGUAGCAUACACAGCAAGCGGUGGGGUAGUUGUUUGUAAGAUUGAUAAAGAAACCAAUUCAGUUGUUAGUCAGAGAUUCUUUUGUGCCAAUUCAAACGAGUCCAAAUUGCAGCUGUUGCAACUGGGUGUUUCCUCAGCCAAUGCUUACCUAAACAUGAUCAAAACUGAUUGUACACUGGAGGAAGUUAUUCGAGAUGAAUAUGGGUAUCCAAUUACCAGUCAACCUAUCGAAAUGUACGGAAAUUCGUUUCCACCAAAUGAAUUUGACGACAAUUUCAAUAACAAUGUUUGUCCAAGUCCCGGUAUCAAUAACCAGUCAUCACCAUCGAAACUAAAGGAUAAAGUAAGAUCUAUCAAAUGCAUAACACUCUCCCCAAAUAAACGUUUAUUGGCAAUUGGAGAAUCGGGUUAUCAACCACGAAUCCUAAUAUUUUCACUCGCUUCAAAUUCACAACAAAGCCCCAUCAUGGCUAUUUAUGAACACACAUUUGGCAUCAAUAACUUGGUGUUUUCACCUGACUCAAGAUUGCUAUGCUCGUUAGGAGUCGUUAAUGAUGGAUGCAUAAAUGUGUGGAAAUUGGGCUCGAAUCAUAUUCAAUUACAAGCAAGUAAUCGAUGUUCAAAUAUAAUUCAUAAAGUGAUUUGGCAUGAGAAUACAAUUGUCACUAUCGGACUACGGUUCAUUAAGUUAUGGAAAUUCGACAGUGGGAAUACCAAUAAACCUGUCGUUUUGAAAGGAAGAAAUGCUCAUUUGGGUAAUUUCAUGAAUUCGAUUUUUAUCGAUAUGACUUUGAUAAACGAGGAUGAACUUGUUUUAAUUGCUAAUGGUAAUCAAUUGUUAUUGCUAAAGUUGAAUUUCGACCCGCCAAAGCUAGUUGCUUUGAAAACUCCGGAUUAUGGAUUUUGUUCAAUAGCUGCUGAUCUUCAAGACGAAUUGAUUUGGUUGGGAGAUCUGAAUACAAAUUUAGAAAGUUUCAACAUUGCAGAUCUAACUCCAAUCGAGGUGAAUAAUGUGAGACCAGCAUCUUCUCCUCCUUCGAUAGGAUCUAAUAGCUUACAGCAGCAAUUAUCUGGAGUGUUUGGAAUGGAGACUAGUCAAGCACCUAGUAGCACAAUCGUUCAACUAUCAAACUUUUCACGAGAUUACCUUCUAUAUUCAACAAAGAAUGAGGAGAUCAUGCUUUGGAACAAAGAAUCAGGUAGAAACCAACCACUAGCUACAUCUAUUAUACGACAAAUCAGUGGUGUCAAGAAAAGCAAUGAAAAAGAGUAUCUAGUGUUUUCCAAAACUGGUACGGUGGAACAGUUUCAUCCAAACUCUUGUGAAUUGACCGAAAUAUUUCAGUUCAAAGCACCAGAGACCGAAGUUGUUGCUGAUUGUCUCACUGCACUAGAGAAAGUGGGUAACUUGUUCAUUUUGGGCUACAAAUUUGGAUCAUUGUUCAUUGUGGAACAGAAUGAAGUACUAUUCACCAUAAAAGCUCAUUCGUCAACAAUCAAUGAAAUUGUAUAUUUCACACAUGAUACAUAUGAUUUAAUAUGCAGUAUCUCAAGAGAUCGAAUGAUACAAAUAUUUGCUAAAGUAGACUCGAAAUGGGAUUUACUACAAACUAUACCUGUACAUAAUGGAAACUUACUCAAGGCGAUAUACCAUAAUGGGUUUUUAUACGUUUGUUCAACUGAUAGAACUAUAUCCAUACAUUCUAUCGCAACUGAUCCUAGUUUAAUGAUGACAAAGGUGAAAUCUUUAACAUUGAAAUCAACACCAAUUACAAUGUCAAUUUUUGAUCAUGAUUUAGUGGUUUCAACAAGUGAUAAGCAAUUGCUUGUAUUUGACUUGGAAAACAACUGUGAAUUUAAACGAUCAAUGAAGUUGAUUAAUGACAAAUUAAAUGAAAGUUUACAAGUGGAAAUGAUGGAGAGGUUCCAUAAUUUGUUGAUUGUUUGGUCUUCGGAUAAGUCGAUCAGAGGGUUCGAUUAUGUCACUGGUAAAGCAGUGGGUGUAAGUUGGGGUCAUCUGGAUUCAUUACUUGGCUUUUUCCUUAUACAAACUGAUACUGAUGAUGGGGAUGAAGACACAGAGCUUGUGACUAUUGGUAAUGAUGGAUGCUUAUUUUCGUGGCGUGUAACUGUAUCUUCAACAGUGAGAACAGUGUCAAAUGAAGAGAAUGGAAAGAUGUUUGAUGAAGUAGUUGGUUAUCUGCCAUCACCAGUACAUACAAAAGUUGCCAGAAAGAUAUUACCAACAGUGCCCAACUCUGCAGUUCCAUCAAAUGUAAUAUCUUCCUCUUCACCACCAAAGAAGGAGAAACUUAUUGACAAAUUGGAACAAGCAGCGACUGGACUUAGACCAAAAGUUGCGUUAUCAACAUCAUCAUCAUCUUCUUCCCCCAUUCCUCAAUCACCAACUCGGAAAUUAACUGCUGCUACAUUAAAAAGAAUCGAAUCUCGCAAUGGCAGGAAAGAAGAAACUGGUGGUAAUAGUCCUUGUGCUUCACCAAAAUCAUACAUGUCACCAACACGAUCAAAAUCGGUUUCUCCAAUUAGACCACUGGUGAAGUCUCGUCCAUCAUCUCCAACGCGUUCAUUAACCACAGCCAACAAAAGACAAAGCCAAAGACAAAGCCAAAGCCAAAGCCAAAGCCAAAGCCAAGCUGUCAAUGGUGGAGGAUUGUUAUCCAAGUUGAACGAACCGUUGGUGAAUUCGUCAAGUUCACCACCCAAACGACUCUUGUCGUCUAGUAGAGCCACCCUGGACCCAUUUGUCAGAGAUAAACAACAAAUCCUGCCAUUUGAUUCAUCCGUAUCAUCCACGUUUGAUUUGAAAACGGAUGAGAAUGUUUCACAAGCACCCACCAUUCCAUUAGUGGAAAAGUGCAUGGACCAAUUUAAUGAAUUAAUUAGUCGGGUUGAAGAACUACAAGAUCACGAAAGGGCUACAUUACUCAGUAAAAUCAACGAAGUUCGGUAUAUAUUAGAUGAUGAUUCUAAUGCUAUGCUAUUACGCAAUCAAGAUGACCUUUUGAACAAGUAUAGUGAUAAAUUGGUUGAAUUAGUUGAAGCUAAACUUUCAGGAUCGUCAAUAAGUGAAUGA